AUGCCUUUAACCACACUACAAAACAAAAUGCUUCUGACUGAAAAUUCGGUACUUAAGUAUUUAUUACAUAAAAGGUACAAAAAAAUUAAAAAAUCGUAUCUUACCAGAGCUAUCAUUUUAAAAGACCGAAUGAUUUUUGGUGAGUUUUACCAUUUAUAUAACCAAGUACGUUGUGAUGACGCCUUAUUUCGAUCGUAUACAAGAAUGUCAGUUGCAACAUUUGACUAUAUAGUUGAAAUAAUACGACCAGAAUUUGAUCUAAAGUCAACAAAUUUUCAAGAUCCCAUACCAGUUGAAGAAAGAUUGGUUGUAACAAUUAG